AUGUCAAAAAAUUCGUUGACUGCAAGAAAUAUAAAUUAUAAAAUCAAUUGUAAAAUAUGUAUCGUUGUGGUAGUUAGAUUACACAGUUCGGUAAAUUUAUUUUCAACAUCACCAAAUGAAGAUAAUGGUAGUGAAGCAACGAAAGAAUUAAAAUUCUCUAUUAAAUGUGAAGAGUUGAAAGCUCCAGAAAGUGCUUUAAAAACUAUUGGAGAAGAAUAUGAUACUCUUAUGAAUGAGGUUUCAGAUUUGAAGAAUAAAUAUUUAAGAAGUGUUGCAGAGACAGAAAAUGUAAGAAAGCGUGGUAUAAGAUUAGUUGAUGAUGCAAAAGUUUUUGCAAUUCAAGGAUUUUGUAAAGACUUAUUAGAAGUUGCAGAUAUUUUAAAUUUAGCUAUUGAUGCUGUACCUAAAGAAGAAAUUAAAAAUGAUAAAAAGUUAAAGGAUUUGUAUGACGGUGUUGUAAUGACUAAAGAAGUUUUAUUGAAGACAUUCAAUAAACAUGGAUUAGUGCCAGUUAAUCCAGAAGGUCAGAAAUUUGAUCCAAAUUUACAUGAAGCUGUUUUUCAAGUACCAAAAGAACAAGCAACUGUUCCAGCAGAACAUAUUGCUCAUGUAGCCAAAAUUGGUUACUAUCUUCAUGGUCGCCCUAUUCGUCCAGCUCAAGUUGGUGUUGUAAAAUCUGAUUAA